AGGCAGGCAAUGAGAUACAUGUACUGGUGAUUGGUUCUGAGCAUCUAAUCUAUUUCUAUAUAGUAUAUGGCAAUACAAUGAGUAUAUAGCGAGUAUAUAGUACAAGGGGAUUGGGUCACAGGCGGCGGCGGAGAAAUCAACAGCCCGUUCUUCAAGGACUGAGUUCAAUGUCACCAGGUAUUUAAAGGACUCGGGAGGUUGCAGGGCGCCUUGAGCCGCCAGAUGGCAGCAGCGAGCAGCAGACGCAGAGCCGAGGGCUCCGGAGCUCAGACGAGCAGCUGCAGAGGAGACUGAGCUCCUGAAGGGCAUCAGAUGAGAGCAGGAGAGGAGCAGAGCAGCCGCUGCCCAUCCGAUUCACCGCUUCUUUCCCCCGGAGCCGCUCAGCUCUCCCCAGCAUGGAAAGCAAAUUCAACUCCUCCACCAACAGCAGCAGGGACGACGGCAAUAAUGUGUUGCAGGGCAAAGCGGAGAAAAGUCUGACUGCCAGCACUUCCAGCGUCAAGGAGCAUGGCAACUCCGUCUGCUUCAAAACGGACGCCGCCGACGAUCCCGUAGUUGGAUUUGAGGACGCGGAAGGGCCCAGCCGGCCUCACGGCUUCAUGCAGCGACAGUUCGGCUCCUUGAUGCAGCCGGGAGUCAAUAAAUUCUCCCUCCGCAUGUUUGGCAGUCAGAAGGCGGUGGAGAAGGAGCAGGAGAGGGUUAAAACGGCAGGAGUGUGGAUCAUCCAUCCCUACAGUGAUUUCAGAUUUUACUGGGACCUGAUCAUGCUCAUCAUGAUGGUCGGAAAUCUUGUCAUAAUACCAGUCGGAAUCACGUUCUUCACAGAGCAAACAACAACGCCGUGGAUUAUCUUCAAUGUGGCCUCCGACACCGUCUUUUUAUUUGACUUGUUCAUGAAUUUUAGAACUGGAAUUGUUAUUGAGGACAAUUCAGAGAUAAUCCUCGAUCCAAAAGUCAUAAAAAUGAAUUAUCUCAAAAGCUGGUUCGUAGUGGACUUCAUCUCCUCUAUUCCAGUGGAUUAUAUCUUUCUCAUUGUCGAGAAAGGCAUGGAUUCGGAAGUGUACAAGACCGCUCGGGCGCUCCGCAUAGUGAGGUUUACAAAAAUUCUCAGUUUGCUGCGAUUGCUGCGACUUUCGAGGUUAAUUAGAUAUAUUCAUCAGUGGGAAGAGAUUUUCCAUAUGACUUAUGACUUGGCUAGUGCCGUGGUGAGAAUCUUCAAUCUCAUUGGCAUGAUGCUGCUGCUUUGUCACUGGGAUGGCUGCCUUCAGUUUUUGGUACCAUUACUUCAGGAAUUUCCACCAGACUGCUGGGUAUCAUUAAAUAACAUGGUGAAUGAUUCCUGGGGAAAACAGUAUUCCUAUGCUCUCUUUAAAGCAAUGAGCCAUAUGCUGUGCAUUGGAUAUGGGGCCCGUGCACCUGUCAGCAUGUCCGAUCUGUGGAUCACUAUGUUGAGCAUGAUUGUGGGAGCCACGUGCUAUGCCAUGUUUGUUGGACAUGCCACAGCCUUAAUACAGUCCCUGGAUUCUUCACGUCGCCAGUACCAAGAAAAGUACAAACAAGUGGAACAGUACAUGUCAUUUCACAAAUUGCCUUCUGAUAUGCGGCAGAAGAUACACGAUUAUUAUGAGCACCGAUAUCAAGGAAAAAUAUUCGAUGAAGACAACAUUCUUAAUGAGCUAAAUGACCCAUUGAGAGAGGAAAUAGUCAACUUUAACUGUCGGAAACUGGUGGCUACGAUGCCUCUGUUUGCUAACGCGGAUCCAAACUUUGUCACAGCCAUGCUGAGCAAACUGAAGUUUGAAGUGUUUCAGCCUGGAGAUUACAUUAUUCGUGAAGGAGCUGUGGGGAAGAAGAUGUAUUUUAUACAGCAUGGUGUGGCAGGUGUCAUUACUAAAUCCAGCAAAGAAAUGAAGUUAACUGAUGGAUCUUAUUUUGGAGAGAUUUGCCUUUUGACAAAAGGUCGGAGAACUGCUAGCGUCCGAGCAGAAACCUAUUGCCGCCUGUAUUCUCUUUCGGUGGAGAACUUCAAUGAAGUGCUGGAAGAAUAUCCUAUGAUGAGACGAGCCUUUGAAACUGUGGCCAUAGACAGAUUAGACAGGAUAGGGAAGAAGAACUCAAUUCUUCAGCAACGAUUUCAAAAGGACCUCAACACGGGAAUAUUCAACAACCAGGAGAGCGAAAUCCUGAAGCAGAUGCUGACACAAGACAGGGAGAUGGUGGAAGGUCAUCCCUCAGUUAGCUACCAGCAGCUGCCAGCUCUAAAUUCUAGCACAAGUUCAUCAUUGAGAAUGAGGACCCGAUCUCCACCUGUUUAUAAUGCAAACAGUUUGUCUCAUGGAAACCUCCAAUCACCAACACCCAGCCCCCAGACGCCUCAACAAGCUGUUGUGUUUUCACCUUCUUCCUUUACUUCUGCAGCCUGCAGUCCUUCAGUUCAGAGUCCAUUGGCUGGUCGAACUUUUCAGUAUAGUUCACUUACAGCAUCACAGCUUUCAUUAAUUCAGCAACAGCAGCAAGCAUCUGGCGCAUCCCAGAUACAUGAAGUUCAUAAAAGCGCUCAAGCUCUUGCAAACACUAACCUAACUCGAGAAGUGAGGCCUCUUUCAGCCUCACAGCCUUCUUUGCCACAUGAGAUAUCUACUUUAGGAUCUAAACCACACCCGACUGUGGGAGAAUCGUUAGCUUCACUCCCCCAGCCAAUAUCAAAUGUUCAGGCUGCAGGUACUCAGUCUGGAAGUCGGAGCAAUAUCCCUCCAAGGGUAGCCCUUUUUCGGCAGAUGUCUUCAGGAGCUUUACCUCCCGCAAGAGUCGGAGCAACAACACAGCCCUCUCCUGCGCCCCCCACCAAGGAUUCCUCAACAGUAUCCAGCACAGACACGGACACAGACAAACUAAAAUAUGUUUCAAAUUUAUGAUGACUCUUGCCUGUAUAUACUGACAGCACUCACUGUAUCAAAAAGGAAAACUAUCCCAAAAAACUCUUUUAAUCUAUAGAUUCGUAGUCUCUAAUAUGAAGAAACAUUUUAGAUUGCUCUGACUUACAUAACGAAUGUAAAAACAUAUUUGAAAGAAAGAACAAAUCUACAAAGAGUUUAGCACUAAAACUUUAUGAAUAUACAUAUGUGUGUCUUCCUUUGUUUUAAACAUUAAAGAACAUUUUUGUAUUUUUUUUUUUCUUUCCGUA